AACCCCUGCGCUUGAAAAGGCGCAACCUGGGAAGUGUGAACGCGCUUCAGCGAAGCGCGCCCGACUGGACGAAACCAGGUCUCCCAGGGGGGAAGCCAAGCGUGCAAAAACCGACGUGAGGCCAAAGCGGACGAUGAGCUACGCGGAUGCGAGUCAAUCGCAUCUGCAGAUAGCGGUAACCACCGUCCCGCCGAGGGACCUCACUAUGAGCCAAGCGGAGCGGAUUCGUAUUGCUAUCGAUGAUAGAAUCACGGAUGCAGCUCUAACCCCAGGCACGCGUGCUCCAUCAUUGCGCGGUCGUCCCUAUCUUCAUGAGGGGGCUUUCGCGUUUUGGUGCGAGGAUGCGAGGUCCCGCGAAUGGCUGGAGAACCAGGUGAAAUCCAUUCCCUCACCUAUCCCGGACACAACCCUGACAGUUGUAAAGCUGUCAGAAGUAAGGAGGAAACUGAGAGCGGGACUUCUCCUACACAGCCACAUUACCGACCCGGUGACGCUGCAAAAGGUUAUCAGUAACCAAAACCCCUGGUACAAGGUGGACACCUGGCAGUGCAUCAGCGCCUCGGUGACAGAGGGAGCAGAAGAAGCGGAGGAAGGUCUGUCGUCUAGGUACAAAGUAGUGUACCUGGUCCUGGGGAUCCCUGAGGACCAAAAACAGACCAUCCUCGAUAGAGACCGUCGGGUAUCACACCUGUCUGGUGGUGGCUACAUCAGAUUCUUCAGUAGCAAGGAGGAAGAAUCGGAGGCCACCACCACAACCACAGCAGCGACGAAGGAGACGUCGACCCCUGAGCCUUCCACCUCAGCUCCCCAUCAGGGUCAGAGCGAGUUGGAAAAAGCCUCGCCACUAAAGACGGAAGGAGGGACCAGCGAAGACGAAGAUGGCCUCCUCAACAGUCCCUAAGUCCACCAUCGACGUCAUACAAACAAACCUCCAGCACAAACAAAUAGCGGCGGCGUCACUACGCAGGGUGCUGGAGGUAAAUAACAAUAGGACCGUCGCCCUGAUCCAAGAGCCCUGGAUCAGAAACAACAAAAUCUGCGGCCUAAACAACACAGGAGUUCUGUUCCAGAGAUGUCACCGCAGUGAAAACCGUGACAGAACAACAAACCCUAGUGCUAGCCUCAGUGUAUAUGCCAAGUGAGGAUGCAGUUCCCUCACAAGAACUCACCGCACUGGUACAACACUGUAGAGAGCAGGCCUGGGGCUUGAUCAUCUCCGCAGACUGCAACGCACACCACCCGCUGUGGGGAAGUACGGAUAC